AUGACUUCACAUCAGUUUGAGCUUUCAGAGUCUCCUCAAGAUGCCAUCUCUGCCGUGAAGUUCGCGUCCAGCUCUCCCAAGCUGCUAGUUGCCUCAUGGGACAAGCAUGUAUACCUAUAUGAUGCCUCUGAAGGAGAUUCGGCCCGCAUACUGCAGAAGUAUGAGCACCGUGCCCCUGUACUAGACUUGUGCUUUGGAAAAGACGAUCAAGAGGCUUUCACCGUAGGCGUGGAUUGGGAUGUACGAAGAGUCGACUUGACCACAGGUGAACAGACUGUCCUCAGUAGUCACGACGCAGGCGCAAAUGCUGUGGUCUACGACCCAGCGCACGACAUGGUCAUCUCUGGUGGCUGGGAUUCGACUCUGCAUAUUCAUCUGCGAUCACAACCCGACCACGUCCCAAAUACGAUACAGCUUCCCAGUAAAGCAUUCUCAAUUUCCUUAACAGCUACAAAAGUUGUCGUCGCUAUGGCGACUCGCGCGGUACACAUCUACGAACUUGAUGCUCUUGCUACGGCAGCUGCACAAUCAUCCCAACCUUCACCAAAUCUACUUGAAGUCGAGCCGUGGCAAACACGGGAAAGCUCAUUAAAGUUUAUGACACGUGCAGUAUCCUGCAUGUCAAAUGAUGCUGGCUACGCGAGCAGCAGUAUUGAAGGUCGCGUCGCUGUGGAAUGGUUUGACCCAUCGUCCGAAUCGCAAGCACGAAAGUAUGCUUUCAAGUGCCACAGACAGACUGUUGAUAGUGUAGACGUCGUAUACCCCGUCAAUGCGCUCUCUUUUCAUCCGAAACACGGCACGUUCGCUUCCGGUGGUGGAGACGGUGUCGUAGCGUUAUGGGACGGCGUUGCGAAACGACGUAUUCGGCAAUAUCAGAAGUAUCCUGCCAGUAUAGCAGCCUUGGACUUCUCGAAGGAUGGUCGGUAUCUCGCCGUCGCUGUGAGCUCUGGCUUCGAAGAUGGCCAAGAGGACAUUGAAGGCUCUGUCGUCAAAGUCUUCAUCCGAGAACUAUCAGAUUCAGAGGCGAAAGGAAAAGUGCUCAAAUAA